UUUCAGGAAAUGGAGGAUAAGGUGAUCAGCCCAGAAAAAGCUGAAGAAGCAAAAUUGAAAGCAAGAUAUCCUCAUCUGGGCCAGAAGCCAGGAGGCUCAGACUUCUUGAGAAAGAGGCUUCAGAAAGGACAAAAGUACUUCGAUUCUGGUGAUUACAACAUGGCUAAAGCAAAGAUGAAGAAUAAGCAACUGCCGACUGCAGCUCCUGACAAGACAGAAGUCACUGGUGACCAUAUUCCUACUCCACAGGAUCUCCCGCAGCGGAAACCUUCUCUUGUUGCUAGCAAGCUGGCUGGCUGACUAGAAGAGCUGAACUGCAUGAAUAUUCUCAUUCCUUUUAUUUCUCCUUAAUAGUUAAUUCUCACCCUCACCCCCGUCCCCCCCGCCUUCCUUUUGUCUUUUUUUUUCUUACACUAAGUCAUGAGACUGACAGCUUUGCAGGUAGCGAUAGCAUGUGCUGCUAUUGUAAGGGAGUACUGUUAAGAAGUAAAAUGUGUAGUAUUUGGACUAGUUGAGAACAAUGCACUGAUUAAAAGGACAAGUUUGGUUAGAGCAAUGUAAUCUACUUGAAAAUGUACAUAUUGCCCAUUUCCUAGUGUAGGACUGGUUCCAGCAAGUGACAUGGCAAGUUUUACAACUUUUAAUGUUUCUGCUUUUGUUAUUUCACCUUAAUUACAGCAUAUUUGUAUUUAAUAUAACCUCCAGUUGUGUUGUUUUUUUCUUCUGUGCUUGGGUUUGUUGUCCAAAGUAGAGGUUUAGACCACAAGUUGCUAGAAGGUGAAGCAUGUAUAAAAACAAAGACAGGGCUCUGAUUGAAUUUUGUUCCUGCUCUUGAACGGCCUUAAACCUGUUUCAGCUUUAACAAUAGAGUUUUUACUUGGGCAAUAUUUGCCCAUUCUGGUGUAACUCUUGUGAAUCUAGUGCUUAUUGACAACUGCCUGUUGAAGCUGGUAUUCUCUUCAGUUCCAUAGCUUAGGAGACACUUUUGUUAAAGAUGUGAAUGAAGUGUGCAUGUGCAUAGACUGUUGAAUUCACUCUUGUGCCAUUCUUGUAAAUACAAUAGUUUUGCACAACCUUUUGCAAAUGUCUAUUAAUUUUACAUUUUAAAAAGCAGAUAAUGUGCCAAUCAAAGCACAAGUGAUUCUGUAUCUUUCAGAGUACCUGAAACUAAGAGCCCAGAAUCUUGCUACUGAAAGUAAAAACUAUAAACCUGAAA